AUGGAUAGCACUUACAAGACAAAUAUCUAUGGAAAACCAUUAGUCAUUUUUGUGGGAGUUAACAAUCAUCGAGCGACGGUUCUGUUUGAUUGUUCUUUGUUGGUGGACGAGACCGAAGAGACUUUCAAAUGGGUGGUAUCAACCUUCAUUUCGUCCAUGGACGGGAAGAAACCAUUUUCUGUCAUUACCGACCAGGAUGAUGCUAUGCGAAAUGCCAUUGUGGAGUUUAUCCUGGAGGCUAGAUAUCGACUUUGUGCAUGGCACAUUUCCAAGAAUGUUAUUGGAAAAAUUCAUGAUGUCAAUGUUCAAAGAGACUUCUCCCAUUUGAUAUACUCUGGGCUGUCAGUUUCUGAGUGGGAAUCUCAUUGGAACUACGUGGUUUCCAUGGCUGGUCUACAGGACAACCUUUGGGUUAUCGGCAUGUUCAACAAGCGAGAGCGAUUGGCUGAGGCUUUCUUCAGGGAAGAUAUUUUUGCUGGUGUUCGAUCCACGUAG